UUCCUCAUAUAACGCUUCCUUAUUGUUUCAAGCAGAAUGGACAAGAGACAAUAAUCAAGGAUGAAAAACCAAACCGCACUAACAACCUUCAUCUUGCUGGGACUGACUGAUAACACUCGACUGAAAAUUUUGCUUUUUAUCUUUCUGUCCUACAUGUUGAGUGUAUGUGGAAACCUGACCAUCAUCACCCUCACUCUGAUUGAGUCCCACCUUAAAACACCUAUGUAUCUUUUCCUUCAAAAUUUCUCCUUCUUAGAAAUUUCUUUCACAACUGCCUGCAUUCCCAGAUUCUUAUAUAGCAUAUUAUCUGGGGACAAGUCCAUUACCUAUAAUGCUUGUGCCAGUCAGCUCUUGUUUACAGACCUCUUUGCAGUAACCGAAUUUUUUCUUCUGGCCACCAUGUCCUAUGAUCGCUACGUGGCCAUCUGCAAACCCCUGCAUUAUGCCACCAUCAUGAACAGCAGAGUCUGCAAGAACCUCAUCCUCUUCUGUUGGGUAGCAGCACUGGUCAUCAUUCUCCCACCAAUUAGUCUGGGUUUGGGACUGGAAUUCUGUGAUUCAAACCUCAUUGAUCAUUUUUUCUGUGAUGCAUCUCCCAUCCUGAAGAUCUCCUGCUCAGACACAUGGUUGAUAGAGCAGAUGGUUAUAGCGUGUGCUGUGUUGACCUUCAUCGUCACUCUCAUGUGUGUAGUUCUUUCCUACAUUUAUAUUAUCAGGACUAUUCUAAGGUUUCCCUCUGCUCAGCAAAGGAAAAAAGCCUUUUCCACAUGUUCCUCCCACAUGAUUGUGGUUUCCAUUACUUAUGGUAGCUGUAUCUUCAUUUAUGUCAAACCUUCAGCCAAAGAUGAGGUAGCUAUUAAUAAAGGGAUUUCCCUCCUUAUUACUUCCAUUUCACCAAUGUUGAAUCCCUUUAUUUACACACUGAGAAAUAAGCAAGUGAAGCAAGCUUUCCAUGAUGUAGUUAAAAAAAUGGCAUUCCUCUCAAAGAUGUAA